GUACCAUUUGCAACUGUCACUUCAGCUGGAAAAGAGAUACACAACAAGAACAACAGGGUCACUAGUUAGCUAUCAAUUAAAAAUAAGCAAGAAAUACACCUGAAACUCGAAACUUAUUUGUUUAUCUUCUAUAGUCGUAUUUUUAUAUAUUUUUAAAAAAUGUGUACUAUUUGACGAGAGAAAAGGGGUGUGACAGGCUAGAUAGCGCAGCUGUAGCCCCGAGCAGGUCAAGCUGCUUGUAUCAGAGGCGUGCUACCAGGCUAUGUACUCUCUAAAGCCAGUGGUCAAGAAAAAAACGAAGAAGAUUGUAAAAAGGUAGACUUUUAGGGGUUUUCGUGUGGUGAGCCACGAAAGUAUACGAAACCCCAUACAGAGAAAUUACAAUUUCUUUGUUACCUAGCCGCUGACAGCAGCGGAAAAGAGAAUGUAAAGCUCAGUGAAAGCACUUAAGCUGCGUUUCUAAUGCUUUUCGAAGAAGAGAUGUAUGGGAAGGCCAUGAUGUGCCAGUGGCGGGUCUACAGUGACCGACCUGCCUGCAAAGACCAACAGAAGGAUGGGCAGCAGGCAAGGAGAGGGGACAACAGCAAGCUUAGUUGGUCCAAGAACGGGAGGAGGCAGCAAGGGUAUCGGGGGAAGAGAGGAAGGGUGCAUGGACAUCAUCAUCAUCCUCACCACCCCAGCCAGUUCUACAAACAGAACCGACCACCUCGUACGAUGACGUCACUGCGUCCUGUCAACAUCAAAGGCAACAGAGCGCCAGGAAUGAGAGCUCCGAGGAACACCAACCAAUUCCUGAUGCACGAGAAAUACCAGAUGAUGCAUAUGCGUUCGGACUCCAUCGGCACAGACAGUGGGUCUGACUGCGAAACUGAUUUCACAGACAUGGACUCGUAUCUAGGCGUGCUAGAGAACGCAAGGGGCGCUCUCCUCGACAGUCCAGAUAUCACAACCACGGCAGCACGGUUCUUCCCUCGACAACUGGCCAAGUGCCAGCAGUUCCCCUUCUUCAAUUUAGGGGAUUUGUACCAAGAGGAGCAGGAGAGUAACAGUAUGCAGUAUUUCCCGUCAGAUAACGACGUGAUGCAGAGUGAAGAUUUCAUGCAGAAAGACUUCAAUGACUUUUGUGACACAUUCAGUGGGACUGAACCACCGAUAGACAUGUAAAAGGACCUGGUAUCUAAAUGUAAUGUAUUUCUGUUUACAUUAAAUGUAUGUUUACAUUAGAUGUAGGAGAGAAAACAUACCUCAAUUUCAACAGAUAUUGGUUUACUGUUACAAUAUAUGAUUGUUUUCUGAUACUGUCUGUUUAUGGUGUUAUUGACAAAUGCUGUGUUGGGGGAGUGGUUAAAUGGGUAGGAGUGAGACCCACGAACCAAUCACAUCGUUGGAUUAUUCUACACCAUUUGCUCGAUGCUGUCAUUUGCAUUAUUGAAAAACGCUUCGAACAAUAAAUAACUGCUUCUUAUUAAAAA